CCAGGUGAGGUGAGCGGCAGCUGUGAGACAGGAAACACGCAGCCUCAGUCGGUGUGUGGCAGUGCGUGGGGUAGGACGCGGUCGCUCUCCCUCUCCCGGUCCCUCGUCAUGCUGACUUUUCUUUGACAAGUGAUCGUACGUGAAGAAGACAACAAACAGGGCCACUUACCAACUGCUGAUGAGUUGUCGCUCUGAUGGAACCUGUCGAGUGUGGAAUUGUGAUUUGUGACGCAUUGAUGAAAUGUGUUGGUGACGCUUGUGAUACGUUGUGAUAGUGGCGGGAAGGAAGAUUGAUGAGGUAACACUGACAGCCUCAAGUAAACACUGUGAAUACCAUCGCCACUCUACUCACCACGACUAGUCACUGUCAUUAUGAGGACGCUACCAUGAUGUUGACAUUGGUGUUGCUGGUGGGCGCGGUCAGCUGCUCCCCAGUACCCAGCGAGCCUUCUCUUCCGGCUUCCAUUGCUCGCCAUGGCACAUCGCCUGCUGGCGCGGCUCACGUGGAAGCCACCCACGAAGCACGGCAGGUCACCUUUGAAGUGAUCGACGAAGUGGGUGAAACAACACUCUCAACUACCUCAUCAGAUCUUUCUGUCGAGGACGACCCUCCUAUUCCCACCGCCACCACUCCUCCUGUGCUUCCUGAAUCCGAGCCCCAGGAAGCCAACCCUGCAGUAACCGAGCCGCACCACGCGCAGCAGCAGCAGCGUGAAACCAAUCCUUAUUUUAGCCAUGGGAGCCCCCUAGUCAUCCAGCCCCAUGACCCCCACGACAUUCACCUUCAUGCAUCACUGCCACUCUCACAAGCCACUUCACAUCAUGCUUCACAAAACAGUAGCUCACAUGCAUCAUCCUUUCAGCAUCAAACAUCUAACUCUGAAGCCGUUCAGCCCCACACCACCAGCUCAGGGGUCAAGCAGAAUGACACCACACCAGAAGUCAUCCACUCUCAUGGUGCAAAUCCAGAAACUUCCCUUUCUCAUGAGAAGAGUUCAGAAGACACUCUACCUCACAAGUUAGCAGAGCAAAAUAGUGAGUCUGGAAAUGACAAGACUUCUCCACAGAUUGUUUCGUCUGAGGAAGCUUCCACAGAAAAGUCAGUCUUUUCACAGAAAACACCAACUUCACAGUCCUCUGAACAAGAACAAGUGCAGUCACCAGAAAAGUACCAGCCUCAUGAAACUUUAGUUAAUGGUAGUAGUGAUGAGAGUAGCCAGCUGAUGGGGGAUGAUGGGUCCAAGAGUCAGAAUAGCAAAAAUACCAGUGAAGUCUCUCACAAUGUUCCCCAUCAUCAUUACGAUCCAGAGGUUGAGUCUAUUGUUGAGGCCGAUCUGCACUCGUGGGAAAGCAGUGAACACAAGCACUCCUCUGUCUCUAAAGACAGAGUCGAUACUGAAGAUACUGGAGCUGGAGAGGACUUCGCAGAUGUAGGGAACCAAGGAAUUAGAAAUGUAGUGAGUAGAGAGAAUAAUAGAACAUUGCCUUUAAGAGAAGCUGUCAGAGAAACCAUUUUGGUUGGCCAUUCCCUUGAACUAGCAAAAGAUGAGAACAGUGACACUAAAGAUGGAAAAGUUGAAUACAUUGACACCAGAGCAUUGUCAACAGAUACCGAAGAGGAUACCACUGAUGAACUCACAGCUGAAGAGCAGCAACAAGAGUCUAACAUCCAGGUCAGUAUCGCAGGAGAAAGUGUUCAGCAUCCCCAUGAACCAGCAGGAAGUGACGACAAACCAUUAGAGGAGAGCGGUAACACCAGCCAGACUCAUGAAGUUUCAGAUUCACAAAAGAAAGAAGAGAAAUCUGAAAAUAUAGAAGAGUCUGCUGGGGAGGUGGAAGUCAUUCCUUCAUUGAUAUUGGACAGUUUAUCUCCUAUAGACAUUGUAGAGAGGAGUGAGGGAGCUGAAAAAGAAGUGCUAGAAGGAGCUGCAUCUGAGACAGUAGCUGAGACGGUUCUAGGAGAGACAGACCUCACACCAGCAGAGACAGCUGUUGAGGAAGACGCACGUGAAUCCCGCAUUUAUGUGAAGGGCACUGAAGACCAAGCUCCUGAUGCUGCCAGUGUGGAGGACCAAAGAGAUAAUGUGAAUCACAAUGUCUCAAAGAUGACUGGUGGACUGGAAAGCAUGAGCAUGACAUCGCCUACUCCUGAUACAUCUUUGGAGGAAGGACGAUCUUCAGAGGACACGGAAGCUACAAUAAUGCCACCCGAGACAUUUGAGAAGAAUGAGAAUACAACUGCAGUAGAGACUGAAGGCAAAAUUGAGGGAGAUGAAGAAAGUCCUAACCCAGCUCCAAGUGUUGUCCCGCCACCCACUGAAGAUUACACUGAUAAUUACAGCGAUCCCAUCAGUGCAGAAAGCCUUCCUGACGAGCUGGUGACCCAAGAAGAGAUACCUAGCAGAGAACGGCCUCAGACAGACUAUCCACUCCUGUCAACCAGUGAUAAGGAGGCUAGUGGAAACCUUAGGACAGAAGGAGGUGUGGCCUGGGCUUUGCCUCCCCAGCAGGAGCAAGUGAGUGCCGUGGCUCCAGACUCCCUCACUCCGGGCUGCAUUGUUGCCAUCGUGUUUGGUGUUAUCAUCUCAGUCACUCUUUUGUUGGGUGUGGGUGGAUUUGUGGUUUGGCAGCGACGCACCCUCAACCGCCCUAAGGUGCUGGGCUCUGACAGGGGCUAUGCGGGAUCAGACUCAGGUGGCUACAUUGAUGACCAGGUGCGGGUCUCCUACGUCAACUCUCAGAUUGAUUCACCCAAGGGCACAGGUGGCCAGGCCUCUCAGUCAGCUCAGGGAGAGCAGGUGCCACAGGUCCUGAUACACCUUAGAAGCCUCAAGCCCUCUUUGCCUAAGGGCUUAGGGAAGAGCUUUCAAAAGGCUCUCCCAUCCAUGCCCAAGGUUGCCCCUAUGAAUCUUCCCAACAUUGGCCAGUUCAUCCCUAAGCGGGAGUCCAGAGGAUCUAAUCAGUCUGGACAAUGACUCCUUCUUGAACAGUCUGGAGUCCAUGACUAUUCAGAACUUAUGGACUGACAAUAUUCGCCACACUAAGUUGUAACCCCUCGCCUAUCCAUAUUCUUCUUGUGCUUGCUAGAGAGAGAGAGAGAGAGAGAGAGAGAAUAUCAUCAUAAAAAAGGUAAACUACAGAUAAGUUUUCUAUGCUUUUAUGUUACCAAACUAGAUAUCCACAUUGGUUUUUUUUUCAGUUGUCUAGCUUGCACAUGGAAGUAUGGAAAGAGGUUAUGUGAUGUUGAAGAUGAUCUCUAGUUGGUCAGUGCUGUACAUGACUAUGAGUAAGGUAUUUACAUAACUGGUGGUGAAUGUGAGUCACAUUCCUGAGUAGUACAGAUGCGUGCAAGUUCAUGAUCUUGAAGUAAUAAGUUUCCAUAGAUUUUCUGAAAUUUUAUACGUAAACAAGUGACUUGUGCAGUAUUUUUCCUAAAGCAAUAGGAUACUCUCUAGAAAUCUGGAUUUUUAUGGAGUAAACUUCUUGUUUAUUUGAUGUACACCAGUAAUCUUGAUGGAAUAAAUUUUUACAUUCUUAAAAGCGUACAUUAUGUUGCAAAUUGAUAGAAAAUCUUACAUUUUUUGCAUGUGGCAUAGAGCGGCUGGGUAACCAUGGUGACGUCAAGCAGUUCAUGAAGAAAAGGCAGUCACACUUAAAUUUCCAUGUUUUUGGCUCUUUGUUACUGGAGUCCGAAGAGAACGAUGGGAAGAUGCCAUCCCUCUAUACUGGAAAUCAAUAACUUACUGCUUUAUAGUUUUUGGUUUAUUCAGAUAGCCUUCUAUGGAGUGUAUGUAAUGAAUAGGGAACAGACGAAAAACACACUUAGUUUUUCUUAUCGAAAGUGAAACAUUGCACUCCCACAUUACUUAGGAGUGUAAAUAACAAAAGUCCUAUGUUGUACUGCAAUUCUGUUAAACAUUUUGUACAUAAUCGUUCAUCAAUACUGAUGCAUAGGCCAAUUAUUCUUUAGUGUGACCCUCUCUUACAUGGACUGAUAUUGUAAGUUUUUAGAAAGGAAAUAUGAAAUAUAAACAUGUCUAGGCUUGUUUUACAUUUUGAAGGUAAUACAGCAUUACUUUAGCCAUUGUAUGUAAUUUUCAGCAUAAUAGGGAAGAUCUUCCUUUCAUUGUCCGUGGAAAGGCAUGGAGAGCAAAAUCAUAUAAAAAUAUUACAGUAUGAUUAAAUACAAUAGAUUGAAUUCAACUAAGAGGAAGGUAACACAAUAUGUAAGAAUCAAAAAGAAUUCAAUGUUUUGAUACACACUUCUGAUAUCCUGCAUCACAAACCAUGCCUGACAAUGAAUCUUAACCCCAGCAGGUCAAUGUGAUAUUAUUCUUAGAACUUUACCAUUUAAGUCUUUCACAAGGAUUGGUGUGUUCUGAAUUGCCUAAUUCUUGUUAUCUUGAAUCACAACAACUUGUUUUCCAAUGCUAAUUUCUCCUUUUAAUUCAAAGAAUUUUAUUGGUUUAAACAAAAUAUAAUCACAAGCUAUUUGAAUACGUAAUUCAUGUAGGUUUCAUUAAGCGGCUGUAAUCUCAGAGAGCCUAUGUCAUCCAGGCAAAUUUUCAUAAACUGUUCCAAAUGAAAAUAACGUAAUUUUUUUUCUUUUUUGAAUUGAAACUAAAUGUCUUAAGAAGAAGUCAGAUCAUAAACUAACACUCAG